AAUGUUCCCUCCUCGAUAUUUCUACUCUACGUAAAAAAAAAAAGUUGUCCCCUUCAUAAUACGGAGAAGAGAACAGUAAGAGACUUUGACAGUUGACAGAUGUUUCUGUCAAAAGUCGGUGUAAAAUUGUUUAUUUUUUCAAACGUUUAGAAAUAUCUCAGAUUGUCUGUCGAAAGAUAUUUCUAAUAAAACUUUUGUUUGACAUUAAUAAUUUUGCGAUGUAAAACAAAUCGUAAGCCGGUAACAGGCAUUGGCAAUGCUUUUACCGCUGUUACGUUUACGAGCUUCGUUGAUCUAGCGAUGUGUUAUUAUUAAAGUUUGCUUGAACGGUUAUUUACUAUUUAACAAUGGCAUCAGCUACAGAACAGCAGCAACAACAACAGACCACCCUGGAGUUUUAUCAGGCAAUGGCUGAUUUUAAAAACAUGUUUCCACAAAUGGAUGAUGAUGUAAUCGAAGCUGUGUUAAGAUCUAAUCAAGGAGCUGUGGAUACAACGAUUGACCAAUUGUUAUCUAUGAGUACAGACAAUGAAAAUGAAAAGAUAAGAAGUGAAUUGGAACAGAGCGAAGAAUUUCCUAAUGUUACCAAAUCUUUAAAAUCGGAUUCUAGUAAAUCACUGAAACAUCUUCAUAAAUGGCAGCCUCCUUUAUUAGGACCAUUACCGGAUACAUUUCUUAGACUUCCCCAGCAAUUAUCCAAGGAUACCUUAGAUGGGGUAUAUUCACAAGAAAAUUCUAUGUUGGAAGAUGAAAGAAUUGCUAUGUUUCUUCAAGAUGAAGAAUUUAUGGCACAGCUACGUUGGAAUGAAGAUUUCCUUUCUACUUUAGAAAAUGAUUCAAAAUUACAAGGCACUGGCCUUGAAAAAUGCAGCAAUCAGAGUGGGCACGACGACGAAGAUUUGUUUAGAGAAAGAUUAAGAAAUAUGGGUAAAGUAUCGCGUCGUAAGUUCGCGCAACUUACGAAAGUAUUCACGCGUAGCAAGAAACGAGGAGGACGACAAUUAUUACCACCAACAGCAUCAUGUGAUGAUCUUUUAGAUCCAGAGGAAUCAUCUAGACCACAGUCUUAAAAGUCAUAAUACUUAAACGUAAUACUUAUUUGGAAACAAAAUUGUUUCAUUAAAGCUUGCUAGAUUUCACUCAGAAGACAAGCAUAUACAUAUUAACAUUUGACGAAAGAUAUAUAUAUAUAUAUCUUUUAAUAAAUAAUGUGACACUACAGUUAUAUUUGCAGGAGAUCUGUAUAGUAUAACUUAUAUAACAGUUUAUUUUUAAUUUACGAGAGAAUAGAUAUACGAUGAUCAAUUCUCGUAGAAUAAUUAAAUUUAAAUGUGAAGUAUCACAGUUGCAAAGGUCAUAGAAUAUGCUAAAAAAAGAUUACAUAAUAUCAUAAAAUAAUUAAUACUUUUAGAGUUAUUCACUUAAAUACAUAUAAUACUAACAAUAGUAAUUAAAAUAGUAUACUAUGAUACACAUUGAUAAUAACAAUAAUGAUAGAAGCAUUACGUAAAAGAGAAAAGAUUUGUAGCAUCAUACUUAAAAUAUUAAGACAUAAUUAUAAAAUGUAAGAUCCCUUUUUAGUUUUUGUAAACAUUAUGUGAUAUUAUUUAUAACAAUGGAUAUACAUAAUAUUGCAACCGAAAGGCUUGGAAUUAGAGAAAUGAUCUGCAUAUAUUUGAAAAGUACUCAUGUUUUUAAAUAUAGAUUAUUUAUAAAAAAUUAGAACCUUCCGUUUUAAUUAAUGCAAGUUUAUUCAUAUUCAUAUAAAAGUUAAUAGAAAAAAUAAGAUAUUGGAAAUACUUUAUGUAAUUAUUUCAAUGCAUAUAUACUAUAUUUUUUAUCCUGGUUUUGAAUGUCUAUUAAAAUAUUGACAUUAUGAAAACUAUCACUCGAUGUACAGGAUAAAAUAACAAAUAAUAUUUGUACUAUGUAUUAAAAAUAAUUUUAUAUCAAUUUACUUUACAUUAAAGUAGCCAUAUGUUGAUAUUAUGUUUUGGAAAAAUAUGUGACAAAUUGGUUGUGACAGAUAGUUAUAAUUCUUAUUUACGUUAUAUUACGAAAAAGAUAAAAAUCUAGUUAUGAAUCUCCAAAUGUAAUAUAGUCUAGUCAUACAAUCUAGCCACCAUCUACUUAAUGACUAUUAUGGAGUGAUACUGAUAAAUGUAGUAUGUUUAUAUAAGUGACUAUACAUUAAAAAUUAACAGAUACCUUGGCAUGUGUUAGAAAAAGAAUAAAUUGAACGAUGCUGAUUUGCAGAUUACUAAUAAGAAAAAAAGCUAAGCCUUUGAUUGUAUGUGAUAAAGAAAUGAAAAGGGGGAAAAAAAGAA